UAACUUUUCCAAUUUUGAAUGUCUCUAUUAUAAUUCCCUUUUUUUUCAUUUUGACAGAUGCUGAACCUUACGAAGAAGCUUGCAUGGCUGCUUAUUACAGUUAUGGUCAUACAAUGUAAAGGAGAACAUGAAAUGGACAUUUGUCAACUAUGCAUUUGCCAACCAAGAAGCUCUGUCUUCUGCAACCGGGUUUUCCUCAGAGGAAGGCAAUGGCACCAUUUCCACACCGAGUAUUUCAACACCCUGCAAUCUAAACAUGCACCAACUCCACCCCAAGAACCACUACCUGUCCACUUCCGCAGCAUCAGGAACAUAACCUUUUUGGACCUGUCGAAAAAUGCUUUGAGUGCAAUUGAAGAAUCUCUGUUUGAAGACUUCAGAUAUCUUCAAAAGCUCCACCUUACUGACAACAUCCUUCAGAGCAUCCCUUUGUUUCACAGGUCUACAUCGCUACGUACACUGCAUAUGGAUUUUAAUGCCGUUCGUUCCAUUCCUCUGCCUUUUCAUCUCGAUGUUCCUAACCUUGAGAUGCUGACAUUAGGACACAAUAAACUUCGUCAUGUCCAAGGAAAGCACCUACCACGAAACCUUACAUACAUCUCAUUCGAAGGAAAUUUGAUACGCACCAUCACUCCUGAAGCAUUAGCUGGGUUGGAUCGGCUUCAGUCAGUCAGAUUCUCACAUAAUCAAAUAUCCUUUAUUGCAGCAAAGGCAUUUUCUCUCCCAUUCCUCAAGGCCGUCCUCAUCAGUGGAAAUCGCAUCUCCGUCAUCGAAAAGAAUUCCUUUCCAAAUUCACUCAAAAUGAUCGGAUUGAAAGAUAACAAACUAACAGAUUUUUCUGCUCUAAAUGCUUGUGAGCAUCUGCAGGAUGCUAUUCUCGAUGACCAACACAGAGACAAGUCCCCUCAGGACAUUCCUUUUCUACCUCGAUUGGAAUGGUUGUCUCUGUCAAACAUAAAUGGGAACUCGGCCAUUGCUUCUAUUCAGAAGAAGGCACCACGUCUCCUUUCCCUCACUCUCACCAAAGGAAACAUCUCGCACCUGCAACUGACAGAUUCAUCCAUGUUGAUUCAACUCAUCCUCACCUCAAAUUCAAUUAAAACCGUUGGGAAUAUGUCAAAGAUUCCGCAUCUGAUUAUCUUAAACAUGAAGGGCAAUCUCCUACAAGCUAUCCCAGACAUCUCUGGACUUCAUUCACUCGAAGAACUUAAUCUGUCUUUCAACAAAAUCAGGUACAUGUCUGCAAUGGAUUUCAAAAACUUGAAUAAGUUAAGAGCUCUCUCGCUCUUGGCUAACCAAAUAGUCCGCAUUGAGGGCUGCUUUUGUAACACAGAACUUUCCUUGAUAGACUUAACAAGUAAUCAAAUCGCAAGGGUUGAUCCAGAUGCAUUCUCUUCCUUACAUUUAUCAACAUUACACCUUGAUCAUAAUCAGAUAGAGACCACUUCAAUCAUGACUUACAACAGCCGCAUGGCUUACCUGAACUAUGCUUAUAACAGAAUAUCCCUUCUUGGACAUCUGUCAUUGACAGGUCUUUUUUAUUUAGACCAUAUUGAUCUUUCAAACAAUGUGAUAUCACACAUUACAGGCAUGUCAUUUCUGCCACGUUUAGAAUUCCUCAAACUUGACUACAACCCUAUAGUGGUCAUUGAUUACUCUGCAUUCCUAAACUUACCCAAGUUGACUUUUUUAUCAAUGCAACAUUCACAGAUUAUCUCCUUCCCUGCAAUGCAGAGAACGCUCAAUCUCCAUAGCCUAAUUCUCAUAGGGAACAAUCUGACAAGCAUUCCAAAGAAUCUGAGCCAAAUUUUCCCUAAUCUUGACUCCCUCGAUCUCACUGAUAAUAGGAUAGAAGAAUUUCAUUCAGACACAUUUUUCAAUUUAGAAAAAUUAGCUUAUCUAGGGUUAUUAGGAAAUCCUGUGAGGGACUUUCAGGCAGAUUGCCCAUUGACCGUGAAAUCAACGAGAUUUGUUCAUUUAAGUCUGGGGUCUGACAGUACUCAAUCGAUAUCAACCUGUUUCUUUAACAUCUUCAAAGAAGGUAAGAACAUUCUCAUUAAAGGUUCAAACAACCUGGUUCUGCCAAGUGAUAUCCUAUGUGAGCAACACACACAAAAAAAACAUGCGAUUGAGCUAACUGGCAUCCAGAUAAACAAAUUUACAGAUGACAAUUGUUUGCUGCUUACCUAUCAAAAUGAAACCAACGCCCAGUUGCCAUUGGUGAAUGAUACCUUCAGGACAAUUGUACAUUCUGAUGAGAUAUCUCACGUUAUAUUGAGUCUAUACAAUGUCAAAAUGAAUGGAUUCAAUAAGAAUGGCACGUAUUUGUUGUAUGCGGCCAGAAUCACCUCUUUGACCUAUUCCGCUAGUGGUCUUCUGACGCUGCCGAGAAUCCAUGCUCCAAUGGCCAGCUUUCUCGAUAUCAGUAAAAAUUCAAUCCAGGAAUUUGAUGUCAAUGACUUUUCCUGCCUGUUUCCCCAAGUUGAGACUUUGGUGUUGUCUCACAAUCGCAUUAAUGUGCUAUCGAACUGCAGAUCAACCGACGGCUUGUACCAUCCCCUUCGUUUCUUGGACCUUUCAGAAAACAAUCUCUCCCGGUUUUCCGGCUGGCAAUGCAGAUCCGGUUACCCAGGGUUUCCCUCGCUGAAAAUGCUACAUCUGGAGGAUAAUGCUUUAGAGGAAAUCCCAAUGAGUCUUAUUCCAGUCAGCCAUCCCAUGAAACCUCCAUACAAGCUAGAGUUGUACCUCCAAAGAAACCCUAUCAGGUGCGACUGUAGGCUUCGAUGGUUGAUCAACACGGAGGAUCGGUUCAAUAUUAUGAGUACCUGCACAGAUCCAUUAGAAGAGAACAGAAGCAGUCUGGAGUCCUUGAUAGAUAAUGGCUUUCCAUGUCCCUUAACCCUUCUGGGCCAUGAAUUCUGCAGUGUUACCAACAGCUCCACAAUACUCCUAACUUGUCCUGUAAUUUCCCAUCCUGACCCAAUCAUCCAAUGGACCUUUAUGCCUACAGAACAAAACAACACCCAAGAACCUUCAUCUGGAGCACCCACAUCUUCAAAUUCAUCAAGGCGGAGUCUCGAGCUUAUCCCGACCCCUAAUACCACUGAAACCAUAGCAUUGGUGUGUGUUGCCACAGCUCAUGGAGAUGCUGUGGAAAUUGAUCUCAGCAUACACCUAGCUUGGGAUACAGCUAGUUCAGCAGAAGCUUGGAACAUGUCAUGUUCCUAUCAGGUACGCAACGCUGUUAUGGUCACAACUGCCAAGGAGAAUCCAACUAUGGAACCUACUGCUUCAUCAGCCACCCACAACGGGAAAGUAUGGACACAGAGUAAAUGUUAUCCCAUCAAGAUUUACUUACACAUGCUUGUUACUAUGUUAGUGAAUGUUCACCUGGGUCAUGUCUAAAAUUACCAUUUGGUGUUAGUCGUUAAUGAGGAUGGCCCGAGUGAUAGAAAGAUUUGAAUUAAAACUAGGCCGUGUUUGAAAGUCCAUUUUUGAUGCACGUGUACAUGGCGUGUUUUUCGGUCGUGUACACGUUGUAAACACUGAGAGCGAGUUAUGUUUUCAGUGUUUCCGAUGUGUCGACAUGCAAGGACCAUCAUCAACAUGUCAACAUAAAAGGGGACUAUACAGCCCAAGUCAUGGUUUUAAAGCUUACCUGAGAAUUUAGAAAUAUCAAUCCACAAAAAUUGGUGCAAUAAAAAAGUUUACUCAGCUUAGCAGCGCAUUGAAUUAAUAAAGAAUGCAAAAGUAAAUCAGUGCACGGCCCUGGCAUAGCUAGCGCUGACAUUUGUAGGAUGCGCAUUUCGCAUACUACACCGUUUGCAAAGCGUACCAUACAUGCGUGCACAGAUAGCUGCAGAAUUAAGUGUAACUGAAGUUAUCGAUUGAUUUUCAUUAUUUUAUUGCCAAUUUGAGGAGCGUGAUUUUGCAGGCUUGUAGCACAUGUGUAAGAGCGUAUUACACAUUAUUGGAGCAAUGAUUGCUGUUGCAAUUGGUGAUUCUCAAAUUGGCUCUAAAAGUGAUUGAGCUUGCUUUCGAGACCGGAGCAUACCCAUUUCAUGGUACAAAAACUUGAGUCUCCAGAAUAAAUUAAAUCGGCAAUUUUGAAAGUUAACUCACUCUAGGUUAAUUGAAAUAUGUUGACAUAUUACUGUAAACUGUUAUUUUUGCGGGGUUAAUUUUUCGUGCUCGGGCAGCUUCAAACAUAUUCGCGCGUUUUCAAAUUCGUGCUGCACACUCCAUAAUCACAAAGUCACUUCCUUCUUGCCAUCUGUGAAUGGUUUUAAUUAAAAUUUCAGCAACGAAAUUGUAUUUUCUGAUCAUAAUUUUAGCUCUAGGGCGGCAUAAUUCAGCAUUGUUUUGAUCUAAUCAUGAGCUUUGUGACAUUUAGCACAACUUUUCUUUGCGGAGCGGACAUCGGGAAAGGCAAAACGGAGGCGCUGCUAGCUGCUAGCCUGGCAUGGACGGCCGAGCACCGGGUAAGGAUCGGGGGGACUACGGCUAUUCGAAAUGCAUGGGAUCAAUCAACAAACACGGGCGAUCGACCCAACGUCUUCUCAAAAACUAAACAGAUCUAAACACUCACCAAUCAAACAGCAAAAGCAAUUUAUAUUUCAACCCAAAUCAUAAUUUACAUACCGAUCUGCGACUGUUAAAAAAAUGAUCGCAUUGCUUUUAGAACAAAUUCUCGCGAUGCACAUGAUAUUGGGGCUCAAGCUUGCUUGCGUAAAUGCCGCCCUCUUUACAUCAAAUUAUGCAAUCUCUUUGCCACUGAAACGGUACACACAAUUGAACCGCGGUUCAAAACUUGCAUUAAAAUAGAUGCUCAUAAAUUUGCGUGUUUUUAAAUUCGCGCUCGCCGAUCUUGCCGCGAAAUGCGCGAAAAUUUCCACACCACGAAUAUUUCCACUUUUACAGUAGUGAUUAAAACAUGUGCAGUGUCUGAGAACUAAGAAUUAAUGUGAGGCUGUGAGCUUUUUCACUGACCUUGCAGUCCCACACAAGCUUCAUGCAGAUGUUACCGUGUACACAGUGAUGGAAUUGUACACGUGCACUGACUUGACCGUGCGUGUACACGUGUACCCGAAACGGGCCUAAUUAAAACUACAUGCAAGUAUAGGAAGGGCCAGACAAUGCAUCUUAAAUAGAAAGAUUUACAUGUAAGAUGCCCUUUUCUGUCAGCUCAAGUGUUGGUACCUGGAUGAAACUUUUUAAUUUUAUGUGAAGAAAUGGUACUAACCCAUUGAAUACCGAAUUCCGUAACGCAUUGAAUGCCGAAUGCCGUAAUUCUCAUCUUUGUACAGGUAUCCUGGUUCCAGUUGACAACGGAUUAACAGAACUGUAUCACGUUGUCACUACUUGUAUUCAGCUGAGUCUCCUUUAAUAGACAGGCAUUUUUAUUUUUUGCUUUUCAAUUAGUUCAUAAAAAAAUGACAUAGAUUUAAUUGGUAUUGUCUAUUUUUUCCAGGAGCAAAUGACCUCAAUUCAGUAGUGAAGACUUUUUUUUAGGUUGUCAAAAUUUUCUCGUACAAAAUGCCCCCCUCCCCCCAUUAUGGAAAAUCCUGGCUCCACCCCUACACCACCUUCAAGCUCCUAUGAAGCAAAAAGUGCUUGGAAGCUUCAAAGGCUCCAUUAUGCAUUAAUGACGUAACAAACCCCCGCACGGUUCGUGUACGAGCCAUGGAUACUAAAACCAUUUGCACUCUAUGUGAUACAGACACUCAACAUAAUGCUCCUUUGCAGAAAUUAAUUGCUAAGCAUGUAUUACAUGUAGCUUCUGUGAGUACAUGUAUAAUAGUAUUCAUGAUGGUUAAAUAUGAAGCAAUUGUUGUAACCAGUGAACACAUCUAGACUGUAGUGACUGCUGAUAUGGGACAAACUGUUAAAAAUGCUUGGUU